GGAGCGAGAUGAGCAGCGCCGGCGCCGCUGCAAGAUGCUGGAUGGACACGUCCUGCUCGGAUGGCUCUGCUCCUGCGCGCUCCUAGGGCUGCUCGCCUGCGCCCCGCGGCCCGCCGCCGCGUACUUCGGGCUGACUGGGAACGAACCCCUGACCAUCCUCCCUCUGACCUCGGAAAUGGAGGAAGCUGCCGUCAAAGCCCACUACAAAGUCUGUGACCGCCUGAAGCUGGAGAAGAAGCAGCGCAGGAUGUGCCGGCGGGACCCCGGCGUGGCCGAGACGCUCAUGGAGGCCAUCAGCAUGAGCGCCCUGGAGUGCCAAUACCAGUUUCGCUUCGAGCGCUGGAAUUGCACCCUCGAGGGCCGCUACCGGGCCAGCCUGCUGAAGAGAGGUUUUAAGGAGACAGCCUUUCUGUAUGCCAUUUCCUCAGCGGGGCUGACCCAUGCCAUGGCCAAGGCAUGCAGUGCCGGGCGCAUGGAGCGCUGCACCUGUGAUGAAGCCCCUGACCUGGAGAACCGUGAGGCUUGGCAAUGGGGUGGCUGUGGUGACAACCUGAAAUACAGCAACAAGUUCGUCAAGGAGUUUCUGGGGAGGAAGCCCAACAAGGACCUGCGAGCCAGGGUGGACUUCCACAAUAACCUCGUUGGCAUGAAGGUCAUCAAAGCUGGAGUGGAGACGACCUGUAAAUGCCAUGGUGUGUCUGGAUCCUGCACUGUGCGAACAUGCUGGAGGCAGCUCUCUCCAUUCCACGAAAUAGGGAAGCAGCUGAAACAGAAAUAUGAGACGUCACUGAAAGUGGGUAGCACUACCAAUGAGGCCACAGGGGAAGGAGACAUCUCCCCACCCAAGAAGUCCAUCCCUGGUCACAGUGAUCAAAUCCCAAGGACUACGGAUCUUGUCUACAUUGACGAUUCCCCGAGCUUCUGUCUGAUGAGCAGAUACUCCCCUGGGACUUCGGGAAGGAAGUGUUACAAAGACAAGAACUGCGACAGCAUCUGCUGUGGGCGAGGGCACAAUACGCAGAGCCGGGUGGUCACCCGUCCAUGUCAGUGCCAGGUUCGCUGGUGUUGCUACGUGGAAUGCAAGCAGUGCACCCAGAGAGAAGAGGUUUAUACCUGCAAAGACUAACGCGUCUUCUGUCUCUUGGCUACCCUCAGUGAUGGGCGAUCGCGGUCUGUGAGGACUACAUAUGGAGACAAACAGGGUUUGACUGACCUUCUGGGAUCUGAAAGCUAUGUUGAGACAUAAGCACUUUGUAGGGUACAGGUGACCCAGCUGUGUUGCUGUUUUUUUCUUUCUUUUUUUUUUUUUCUCCCAUAGACUGAAUUUUAAUGAGGUCCAACCAUGUGGAAGUAAGUGCCUGUCACGCUGGGGUUAGACACCAGUUGACCUUCACCUUAGUCAUCCAUGCAUUUAUCCAUGGAACAUCCCGAUCGUUUCACCAAUCCUCCAUGGACUCCUGGGCUAACACAAUAUCUUUGAAAUAAACAUCUGUGUGACCUAUACUACUUUAUUUCCAAAGCUUACCUAACUGUCUAGAGAGCUGAGCAGAUACAGAAGACCUUUCUGCUUUGAAUGUGGUGAUAGAGAAAGUUGUCUUUUUUAAAAAACAUUUGAAACUGGAGAUAGGUGCAUAGGGUAAGCAGAACCAGCUCUCUUGGUUCCUCUAGUGGAAUUUCUGCACAACAACCAAAAAGCCUUUGACAAAGAGACCUGCUUGGGGAAUAAGCUUUCUAAUGACAGCUCUGUAUCCAUGUGCUCUGAUCACUAAAGUAGCUCCAAAGUGUUGGGUCCACCAUGCUGCAAGAUGGAAAUUCCUCCAAGAAAGAGGUUGGGAAGAUGGUUCCAAACCAGACGUGCCUGUCCCCUUCAGUCCAAUUGAUUUUUUUUUAAACAUUUUCUUCACGUGCAGUUUCUUUAGCACUAUCGGUGUCUUAAUUUUUUAUUUUUUAAGGAAACCACUACUUUUAUUUUCACUUUGUACAUGAUGUACAUUUCUCUCUUCUUCCCACCUCUUAUUGAUAAAAUUGACCCUGUGGAGAUUGCUUUGGAAAUCCAAACUGGAACUUUUUCACCUUAUGUCAACUGAAUUUGAACAUGCAUUUCUGAGUAAAACAGGAGAAAUUCCCAUGCAUCUCAACACAGUGCAGUCUUGCAUUGUAUAGCAACCGUUUUUGACUGGAUCGGACCUUUGAAAGAGUCGACUUUUCUUUUGGCAGGUCAUCAUUCCAUUUUCUCUAAACCAUGGCAGUGGUACAUGACACAAGCUGUAUGUAAACCCUAUGACCUUAAGAUUUUUUUUU